AUGGUUUUUUUUUUUGGAUAUAUUUUUUUGGUAUACUUUUGGUCCUCAAAUUACGAAAAUGAUCACUCUCCGUAUGUUAGUCUCUAUGUUGGAAUUUAUAAAUUUAAUUUAACUAAAAUUAAAAAAGUUUGUUCUUUUUCUAAGCUUCGAGAACUUCAUGUUGUUGAACACAUUGAAGGAGAUAAUACAAAAUUUGGUUUAAGGAAGAGUGCAUUCCCUUGUCAAAAUGAUCAAAACACAACAGUUUUAAAAGCAAAUACAGAAGCACAAAGAAUUUUAUGGGUUAAAACUUUGAGGGAUUUGAAAAUGGAUAUUGGUAGACAUAAAACUGGAGGUGGUGGGGGAGGGAGUAAUACUGAAAGCAAUAGAGGAUCAAGAGAUAGUCAAUCUAGUCUAAUUUUACAAUCUGUGGUAGCUAGUACAGCUUUAGCUCAAUUACCUUUAGAAGAAAAUGCUUCCUAUCAAAGUAUAGAUAGUGGACAUAAUAGUUUAUUAUAUUCAUCUAAUGGUGGAGGUGGGGGUGGAGGUGGGGGAGGAGGUGGAGGACAACAACAACAACAACAAGGAGUUAUUAUGCGUGAAAUAAUAAAAAAUGAAGAAGAAAAUGGGCAACAACAACAAUUAAAUUAUGGUGGAUAUGAGAAUAAUAAUAUCAAUUUUGUUGAGGUGGGAAAUUUAAUUUUAAAACAAAAAUAUUUUUUCUCAUUUUCUUGAAUAUUUAAUUUUUAAUUUAUAAAAAAUUUUACCUAAUUUAAUUUAAAAAAAUAUAGUUUUUUUUUAAAAUGUUCGAGUUUUUUUUCUAUUGUAAUUUUUUCGUUUAAUUUUUUCUAAUUAAUUUUUUCUUGCCUAUUUUUUACUUUUUUUUUGCAUAUUUUCAUUAAAUUUCUCAAAAUUUCAAUUUUUUCUGUUGAUGUUUAAAAUCAGGGUAGCUAUUCUUUAUACUAGGGUAACACUCCUAGCCUUCGUAGGCGAGAGUGUCG